AUCUUCUUUAGCAGAUACUGCCAUCUGCACAUGCGUUUGUGUAAUCACAUCGAGUACAGGCUCAGCUCCGUGACCUUGUAUUUCUCCCUAUUUGCAUUAUCAUUCAGGAGGAAAAUUUUCCUGUAUAAAGUAUUCCUAUUGGGGUGCGUCUUUUGACCGAGAUGAAUGGAAUUGGUUGUCGAGACACCCAGUGGAUGUGGCUUUUUUUUUUUUUUUUUUUGCUUCAGAUGAAUCAGAUCUUAUAAGCGUAAGCUGUCAAUGCUUAUCCAUUAUCCCAGGAGAGUGGAGACAGACAUGGGUGAAGUAAAAGAAGAUAUGUUUUGUAUACAUGGAAAAAUUGUCUCUUGACGGUGUCAUGGUGUGGUAGGUUCUGGCGUUCUCCAAAGCUUACUAAAUGCAGCAAGGAUAAGGUUAUUUUAAACUAAGCAAGUUGGAAGAUAAAUAAUGCUUGCACAUGGAGCCAUGAAGAUGCUCACCCUAGCCACCACGGUGACCUCACCCCCUUCUCUAAGUAGAGAAGCACCUCCUAUUUACUUAUACUGUGUGCUCAAAGGCCCUUAAACCAGUUCAUGAGCAUCUUUUCAGCUUUCCGACAUCCUCUAUCCCUCAUGAGAAGCAGGCCCUGUCCCUGUACUUCCUGCCUUAACCUGGCUAUUGUAAAUGCCAAGUGCUCCAUCAUGAAGCAAGCUUUCGUAAAUACGGCAGAGGUAUGACUGAGAUGUCCAAGGAAGAAGUUAGUUUCAGAACAGUAUGCAGCAGUUUAUGUUCCCAGCAAUAGUCAUGCAUUUGCUUUGUAAGAAGCUCCAUAAUGGCAUCCUCAGGCUCCAUCAAUUUAUGGGUUCUUGCUCUUGCUGUGGUGUGCAUCUCCAUUCAUGGCAGCAUCUUAGGGGAAGCAGAUGAAGAUGUGCCUGGAGUGGGCUCUGGCGGUGAUGAUCCGGCGCAAAUUGUUGCCAAAGCCUUGCUAUGUUUCAACGAGAGAAAUUUAUACAUCAGCUGUGAAGAAUCCUACAGACUGACUGCAUCUGGGAACCUCAACGUGCCUUACGGGUAUACUGACCAAUACUGUACUGGUCCAUGCCUUACAGAGACACACCUAGUACUCAACUGCAUUGACAACAUUUUAGCACACUUUUUAUUCUACAAUAAGGCCACUAUACACGACGUUCAAGACACGAUCGAGGCGGGAUGUGGCCACGGCCCUGAAAGAGGUAAUUUCAAUGUGGCCGAGCACAUUCAAGCUGAAGAGGACACUGCAGGCAGGGCUGCUGCUCCAGUGCUAUUGUGGAUCUGCUUGAUGAUUAUAGGACUUGCUUUGUUGCUUUGAUAUGGAUUAUUAAUUAUCUGAUAUGAACACAUAGGUUGCUUUAUAUAGGUGUGGUUUGCCAGCUUUGUUAUAGUGACUAUACAAAGUAAAUUUUAGAUGAUGUAUAGCUUUACUAAGACAGUAUGUAAGUGAGCUUGAGUUGAUGAAUGGCUGUUGCUAACUCCAUCAAUAUGAAUACAUUAUAUAUUUUUAAGGAGCUGUGGUUAACUCCAUUUUUGUA